ACAUAUCCCAAUACCCAAUAAUUCCCCAAUUAGCCCCCUUUUCUGUUGCCGAUUCUGAGAAAACAUUUUGCAUUUUCCAACUUUAGGGUUUUCCAAUUGCCCUCCUAAUUCAUCAAAUUUACGCUCCUAUACUCUUUUCAUCAUCUUCAAUUUCUCUCUGCAUAUUCUGGGUAAUAAUUUACAUAUACUUAACAUAUAUCUAUAUAUAUUUUUCGAUAACCCUGUUAGUCGGACCAACAAACUUUUCGAAUAUCUACCACCUCCAACCAGCAAUAACAUAUCAGAUACUGAAUUUGGAGUGAUAUGUGGAUCUACAGUUACUCAUUUGGAAAAUUUGGUUGAAAUGAAAGGAGCCAUGGUUUGGGUUUAGCAACAAGAUUGAAAGUUUUUAGAUGUGCCUAGAGUUAUGGGGGAUCAAGUAUUGGAAUCAGUGCAUGAGAUAUUAGGAUCAGGACGUGAUUCAAAUGGUCAAGUAUUGGAAUCAGUGCAUGAGAUAUUAGGGUCAAGACGCGAUUCAAAUGGUCAAGUAUUGGAAUCAGUACACGAGAUAUUAGGAUCAGGACGUGAUUCAAAUGGUCAGCAGGUCACAGAAGUACCAAGUUCGAAUAGUGUGUUGAUUGACCAGCCUUUAGCAAUUGGGCAAGAGUUCCCGGAUGUUGAUACUUGUAGAAGGACUUUGAAAGAGAUAGCAAUAGCAUUGCAUUUUGAAAUUCGAAUAGUAAAAUCAGAUAGGAGUAGAUUCAUAGCUAAGUGCUCCAAAGAGGGUUGUCCGUGGCGUAUUCAUGUCGCAAAAUGUCCAGGAGUUCCUACAUUUACGGUAAGGACACUUCAUGGUGAGCAUACAUGUGAGGGAGUUCAGAGCCUUCACCAUCAGCAAGCAUCAGUGGGUUGGGUUGCAAGAUCAGUGGAAUCACGGGUGCGGGAUAACCCUCAGUAUAAACCAAAGGAGAUUUUGCAGGAUAUUCGAAGUCAGCAUGGGGUUGCUGUGUCGUAUAUGCAAGCAUGGCGAGGGAAGGAGCGCAGCAUGGCUGCUCUACAUGGAACUUUUGAAGAAGGUUAUCGACUUCUUCCUGCAUAUUGUGAACAGAUAAGGAAGACUAAUCCAGGGAGCAUUGCAUCAAUCGGUACGGAACAGGAGAACUGUUUCCAGCGACUUUUUGUCUCAUAUCGUGCAGCUAUUUAUGGAUUUUUAAAUGCUUGCCGGCCACUUUUGGAACUUGAUAGAGUGCAUUUAAAAGGAAAGUACCUGGGUAUGUUAUUUUGUGCUGCAGCAGUUGAUGCGAAUGAUACUCUGUUUCCUUUGGCAAUAGCGGUUGUUGAUGUGGAAAGUGAUGAGAACUGGAUGUGGUUUAUGUCGGAGCUCCGCAAACUUCUGGGUGUAAAUACGGACAGUAUGCCAAGGCUUACUAUACUGUCUGAGAGGUCGGCUGGUAUGGUUGAGGCAGUCGAAACUCAUUUUCCAAAUGCGUUUCAUGGUUAUUGCCUACGUUAUAUCAGUGACAAUUUCCGAGAUACAUUUAAGAACUCAAAAUUAGUGAACAUUUUCUGGAAUGCAGUGUAUGCACUAACCACAGCUGAAUUUGAGAGCAAAGUCUCCGAGAUGGUAGAGAUUUCACAAGAUGUGCUACAAUGGUUUCACCAUUUCAAUCCGCAGCAUUGGGCUGUUGCAUAUUUUGAAGGAUUACGAUAUGGUCAUUUUUCAUUGGGGAUCACAGAAGUGUUGUAUAACUGGGCAUUGGAGUGUCAUGAACUUCCUGUUGUGCAGAUGAUGGAGCACAUCCGCCAACAAAUAACAUCAUGGUCUAAUGAUCGCCGAAACAUGGGCAUGAGGUGGACGUCAAUACUCGUGCCAGCUGCUGAAAAGAGGAUUUCAGAAGCAAUUGCUGAUGCUCGCUGCUAUAAAGUUCUACGAGCAAACGAAAUUGAAUUUGAGAUCGUAUCCACUGAGAGGACAAAUAUUGUGGACAUACGAAGUCGUGUGUGCUCAUGUCGCCGUUGGCAACUCUACGGUGUGCCGUGUGCACAUGCUGCUGCUGCACUUAUCUCUUGUGGGCAGAAUGCGCAGUUAUUUGCCGAGCCUUGUUUCACAGUCCACAGUUAUCGUGAAACCUACUCACAGAUGAUAUACCCAAUUCCUGAUAGGAGCCUGUGGAAUGAGGCUGGUGAGGGUGCAGAAGGUGGGGCAGCAAACAUUGAUAUUGUAAUUCGACCACCAAAAACCCGGCGUCCUCCUGGCAGGCCCAAAAAGAAGGUUCUUCGCAUAGAGAGUUUCAAGCGUCCAAAGAGAGUCGUUCAAUGUGGUCGCUGCCAUAUGUUGGGACAUUCUCAGAAAAAAUGUUCUUUGCCUAGUUAAUCCCUUGGUUAGUUAUCAGCUUUCUUUGCUCAUUCAGAAAAUUUUCAUAGAAGAGUCUUAAGCUGCAUGUAUUUAGUAACGGGUUAGUCAUGAGAUGUUACUUGGCCUCUGCUUUAUAAGUUCCACAGUUGUCCUUAAAUAUAUAUCAGGAACAUGUGGUGCACCUUGUAUUUUUAUCUAUAUGGUUAAUUGAAUUUUCAUCGAAUUGUAUCCAAGAAAGCCUUUUUCA